CGACGUGGUCGGCCGUGGGCUCAGGGCAGGCUUAGGCGAUUAGCAACCGGAGGCGUUUCCGAGGAGGUUUUGCUUGGUUUGGAUUGGGAGUCGCUGCUAGUGGGAUAGGCAUUCUGCCGCGACUGCAUUGCUCCCGUAUGGACGGUGGUUGCAGAUUUUCUGGUGGAUUUGGACAUUUCGUGCAUCAUGCGUGCGCGCCGUUCCUCCGGAAGCCUGCCGCCGCUGCUAGGAAACUCUGGGCGCAAAUUGAGUCCACCCGCGGUUUCGUGUGUUUGUCGUUGGAUUCUGUAGUUUGGUGGCAUGGUGUGCUUGGUUGAGGACAUGUCGAUUGGCUAUUUGGCUGCACCUUUUUUCCCAUUUUCCUUUCAGGUCCAUGUCUCCCAAAUUGGAUGCCUGCUGUUCUCUACUGCUAGUACAAGUUACUAUGCUUGUCAUUAACUCGAAUUGACAGCCCCGUCUUGAUAAGAGGCGAUUAGAUCACUAGAUCCAAUCUUCAGGUGAAAACGGUAAAAGUUAGCAACCUUUCAUUAAAUGUUUUGAAAAGAGAGCUCACAGAGUUCUUUAGUUUCUCUGGGGAUAUAGAAUAUGUUGAAAUGCAAAGUGAAUCUGAAUGGUCACAGCUUGCUUAUGUCACAUUUAAAGACUCACAGGGAGCAGACACUGCUGUUCUUCUCUCGGGGGCAACAAUUGUUGAUCGUGCUGUCAUUAUAACUCCUGCUGAGAACUAUCAGCUGCCUCCUGAAGCACACAAACAAUUAUCGGGAGCAAACGUCUCUACUGAAUCAGCAGUCAGGAAGGCAGAAGAUGUUGUCAGCAGCAUGUUGGCCAAGGGAUUUGUGCUCAGCAAAGAUGCUCUCAACUUGGCAAGAUCCUUCGACGAGCGUCACAAUAUCCUAUCCAAUGCUACUGCCACUGUUGCAUCUCUAGACCGCCAGUAUGGCCUGAGUGAAAAGAUCAAUCUGGGAAGGGCCAUUGUUGGCAGCAAGGUCAAGGAGGUGGAUGAACGCUACCAGGUCUCAGAACUCACAAAGUCUGCCUUGGCUGCUGCUGAGCAGAAAGCCAGCUUUGCAGGUUCUGCUAUACUGAGUAACCAAUAUGUCUCAGUUGGUGCCUCUUGGCUAACAAGUGCAUUCACUUUGGUAACAAAAGCGGCAGGUGACAUGACCUCCAUGGCCAAAGACAAGGUAGAGAGAGCCGAGGAGGAGAGAAAGGCCAUCAUGUGGGAGGAGAGGAAUGGGCUGGUGAGCGAUUAUGCAAAGAUCCAUCUUGACGAGCCCUCUUCAUGGGAGCCCGCAGUUCUGCCUUUGGAAUCAGUGGAUGAACAGAAGCUCCAGGCUGUCUGAUCCACAAAACCGAAUGCCAAUCGUUGUCGCACGUAAUUCUUUUGCAGCUCGUCCUAUAUAUAGAUUUAUUCUUUUUCGUCGAUGCAGUGGAUCAAAACAAAUGCGCUUAUCAGCCAUAGCGCCAUGUAAAUUUUCUGAAAGUUGCUCCCGUGUUAUUACCAGGUUUUCUUUCUUUCUUAGUUUGGAGAAAGAGUGGUGCUACCAGCAUUGCUGCUCUAAACUACUGUGUGUGUGUGAAUGGAGUACUACUGUACUUGUGUCUACUUGAGUACUACAGAAACAGAAUACAACUUCCUUCGUUAGAUACAGAUUGAUUUAAAAUUGA